AUGACUGAAGACCACAGACCGGAACCUCCUCCAGAGGCCUCCCCUCCAUCCAGAGAAGCAACUCCUGCUGAUAGCUCGAACCAGCCCCGUGGCAGAUUCUGUCGGGCCCUCCGGAAAUUUAAGAAGAAUGUGAUUAAAAAAGUCUCUAAACCCUUCAAGCGUUCCCGCCACCAAAUCCCUGCUGUCCAGGACGCAGAUCAUGAAGGUGUUUCAUCGAAUCAGAAUACUGAGGAUGCGUCUCGUCUGCAUCCUUCCGAUGGUGAUAAGCCCACCACACCUGGGAAUCCCGGUGACUCUGUGAACCAAGGAGCGUCUGGAGAACCUGCCUCGAAGGUUGUUGACGGCUCUUCUGGUGUGGAAGAAAUUCCUGAUCCCCAAUCAGUUGAUGCCGCACUUCAAGCUGCCGGUGAGGGUAUAGAAGGUAUGGGACUACUCGGGAAACCUCCAAGGAUGGCCCAGCAGGUCUCGAUGCCGUAG